GCACAGCAGAGGUAGAGGUGGUGGCCCUCGCCUGUGGCUCCCGUUCUGCUUGCGCUCGACCUCGUGGCCAUGGAGGGACCCCAGGAGCUUCUGAGUGGGAAGCUCCGUCUCUGCUUCACCCCCGCUGCUCGGACUAGCCUCCUGCUGCUCAGGCUCAACGACGCGGCGAUGCGGGCGCUGCAAGAGUGUCAGCGACAACAGGUUCGACCAGUGAUCGCUUUCCAAGGCAACCGAGGGUAUCUGAGGUUCCCAGGCCCUGGCUGGUCCUGCCUCUUCUCCUUGAUAGUGUCCCAGUGUGGCCAGGAGGGCCCUGGUGGUGGCUUGGACCUUGUGUGCCAACGCCUAGGCAGAUCUGGCCCUAACCGCCUCCACUGCCUGGGCCCACUCAGGGAGCGCCUCACUAUUUGGGCAGCCAUGGAUUCUAUCCCAGCCCCAUCUUCGGUUCAGGGACACAACCUGAUUGAAGAUGCCAGAGAUCCUGCGAGUUGGCAGAACAUAGGAGACUAUUCUGAAGGAGAGACAGGUUCACUGCCAAAGAUGGCACUAGAUGAGGUGCCAGAUCCACUGGCAAGCAGCCCAGGACAGUCACUCCCAGGAUCCUCAAGGAAACACAUGGCACAGUGGGAAGUGAGGAACCAGACCCAUCUUCCAAACAGAGGGCCUGAUCAGGCACUGCCUUCCUCUGCUAGCCAGAAACACCUGGACAAAAAGCGUCCAGCACCUGCAUGCACUAUAGAACUAAAAGAAAAGAGGCUCAGAACUCUGCCUUUAGCUCCAAGUCCCCUACAAGUGCUGCCCAGUCAGGACCUACAAGAGGGAGAAGACUGGCAGCAAGAUCAAGAUGAAGACAUGGGCCCCCGGUUGGAGCACAGUCCCUCAGUUCAAGCAGACUCUGAAUCCCCAAGCCCUGAAGAAGUACCAGAUUACCUCCUGCAAUACAGGGCCAUCCACACUGCAGAGCAGCAACAUGCUUAUGAGCAAGACUUUGAGACAGAUUAUGCUGAAUACCGCAUCCUGCAUGCUCGUGUUGGGGCUGCAAGCCAAAAGUUCAUAGAGUUGGGAGCAGAGAUCAAGCGAGUUCAGAGAGGAACUCCAGAACACAAGGUGCUGGAAGAAAAGAUAGUCCAGGAAUAUAAAAAGUUCAGGAAGCGGUACCCAGGUUACAGGGAAGAAAAGCGUCGCUGUGAGUACCUGCAUCAGAAAUUGUCCCACAUUAAAGGUCUCAUCCUGGAGUUUGAGGAAAAGAACAGGGGCAGCUGAAGCUGUCAGAGGGCUCUUGACCCCUCUGCCCAGUGAGAUAUGAAGGAACAAAGCAGCUAUAAACUAAAUAGAGUGCAACUGUCUUAUUGUUCUUAUUGCUGAGUCCAUGGUGGCAAGUAGGAGAGCUGCUCUCCGUUCUUCAGCUUUGAUUUUCAUUGUUGCUAUGUUUUUUUAGGGUAUGGGCAAUGGGCACAGUGCCAAGCUUCCACAGCUGUACCCAGGAGACUAGGAAACGUAGCAGAGGUUUGGCUUCUUCACCUUUAGU